GGGACGCCCUCGGCCAACGCCUUCUCCUUCCUUCUAUGGAGGCAACGGGAUGAGUUGUGAAGAUAUACGAAUUCCUCCUUGAACGUUGAUUGCCCCUCCGUGUUCUCCUACCCCGAAAGAAUGAAGAGGUUUCGCCUUUCUAAGCCUCGAACGGCCUUGUUGCGCUGCGACGGCCCGCAGCACGCCUCCUCUCGAUCUACACUGACCGCCUUGAGAUUGCCAAAUUUCGCAAGCCAGCGGCAGCACACCAGACAUGCCGGGUCGAUCUCGCACGCAACGCCCAGACUCCAAACAUGUCAUGUUCCCCGGGGCGGUCAAGUCCGCCUUCAGCUACAAGAUGCGCUUCGAGCAGCCGUCGACAUACCCGGCAUUGCCGACAUACCGUGUCGUCGACCAGAAUGGUGCCGUGGUAGAUCCGGACUUUGUGCCCGACCUCAGCGAUGAAGAGGUGAUCAAGCUGUAUCGCGACAUGCUCACCAUGUCCAUCAUGGACCUGAUUAUGUUUGACGCGCAGCGUCAGGGUCGUCUUAGUUUCUACAUGGUGUCGGCCGGCGAGGAGGCUGUGUCGGUGGGGACGGCGUCGGCUCUGGCCAAGGAGGAUGUUGUGUUCUGCCAGUACCGCGAGCAGGGGGUAUUCAAACAGCGCGGAUUCACCCUCAACGACUUUAUGAACCAGUUAUUUGCGAACCAGAAGGAUCCGGGAAAGGGCAGGAACAUGCCGGUGCACUACGGCAGUAGGGAGUUGAACAUCCACACUAUUUCCUCCCCGCUGGCGACUCAGCUUCCGCAGGCUUCUGGAGCUGCUUAUGCGCUCAAGAUCCAGAGGAUGCAGGACCCCAGCAUACCUCCGAGGGUGGUAGCCGCGUAUUUCGGCGAGGGCGCGGCCAGCGAGGGCGACUUCCAUGCCGCCUUGAACAUCGCCGCGACACGGUCUUGCCCCGUCAUCUUCAUCUGCCGCAACAACGGUUACGCCAUCUCCACACCGACGUUAGAGCAGUACCGCGGUGAUGGCAUUGCGAGCAGGGGUCUGGGCUACGGCAUUGAGACGAUACGCGUCGACGGCAACGACUUCUGGGCGGUCCGGGAAGCGAUGAAGAAGGCGCGAGAGCUGGCGUUGCAGGACGGCGGCAAGCCGGUCCUCAUCGAGGCGAUGACCUACCGUGUCAGCCAUCACAGCACGUCCGACGACUCGUUUGCCUACCGCGCGAAGGUGGAGGUGGAGGAUUGGAAGAGGCGAGAUAACCCCAUCGCUAGGCUGCGCAAAUGGAUGGAGGCCAAAGGGUGUUGGGACGAAAACAAGGAGAAGGAGGCGCGGGAGAGCAUCCGGCGAGAUGUGCUCAAGGCCUUCUCCGAGGCCGAGCGAGAGAAGAAGCCGCCAAUCCGGACCAUGUUCGAAGAUGUGUACGAGGAGCUGACGCCGGACUUGAGGAAGCAGAUGAAGGAGCUGAAAAGUCAGAUAGAAAGAUACCCCGAGGAGUACGAUCUGGGCGAGUUCGAGGGCGGGAAGGAGAGUUUAGACAAAUAGCGAGCGAGCGAGCGAGCAACUUGAUCCGGGUUAGGUGUGCGGCUUGAUGCUCCGUCAUGCGGCUUGAUGCCCCGUAGUGCGGCUUAAACUACCUGCGACGUGUAUGGCCGCACCGGAGCAGCACGCCGAGAACCUGAGCCGCCGACUUCUUCACGCAUCGUGAACUUUGCUAAACUACGGAAUCUGAAGGAUCCCAUCCUGCUUUGGUUCCGAACAAACAGCCCGCAACCUACCUGCAUCAGCGCGAAUAAGCGGAAAAGUACAAGGUCAACGAUCCAAAUCUUCAUUGCCUGCGCCCAGAGACACCAUGAACAGCCACUUCGUCAUCGCCUUACUGGUGUUCUUGGUCCUGACUAUAAUUGUCAUUCUGGCCUACUUCGGCAUAGGUUACGUCAGAGGCGUCGCCGCCGCUAGGUCUACCGAGCAGGCUGGACGCGGUCGGGACGUCGAGCUGCAGUAAAU